GUGAAGGAGUUCCACCAUUUCCUCCUGAACCUAAAUCCCCACUCUGAGGCUGAUGGCUUUAUCAGGUUGUUCUGGCAACAGGCAUUUGGUUGCCAGUUUCUAGAUGUGGAGACGGAGGAGGGAUCCUGCACUGGUGAGGAGAAGCUGGAGAGCCUUCCUGGGGCGUUUUUUGAAAUGCAAAUGACCAGCCAAAGCUACAGCAUCUACAAUGCCGUCUAUGCUGUGGCACAUGCUUUGCAUGCCAUGUUGGCACUCAGAACCAAACAGGGAGAGAUGGUGCUUGGUAACUAUCUGAGACUCAAAGGCUGCAUUUCCAGGUAAUGUCUAGCAUUGGAAAGCAGAUCAUUUUUUUAAAUGAAUAGCCCAAGCAUAAUACUAAAGCUUGGAGACAACCUACAGCCACAGAGAAUGUUGCUUUUCCAUUCAGUUCUUUGGAAAGGUAUAUGUAUUUAUUAUUAUAAGGGCACAGAAGUGCUCCUAGUGAAGGUGAGAAUCAAACACAUGGUUCCUUGAGUAUAAGCUGCAGAAAUCUAUUGCUAAUAAAAGGGCGUUUCUUCAGAAACUAAGGAUAUUUGUUAUAUAUUUCUGAAGCUAUCAAUAGAUUGUUCAAAUUUCAAUGAGAUCUGAUAUAAAAUACAACAAUUAAGUUCAAAAGUGCUAACAAACACACUUGUAACCUUUUUCUUCUACCCAAACAUGCCAUAUAUUUCUAUCCAGUUGUGAUAAAAACUGCUGAAGUACUUUAUUCAGGUUCGUUAAGGAACACACAUUUUCAUUAGUUUGGUGAAAUUCGAUAGGCAAUACAAGAGUUUUGUUGUAUUAAAUUCUAUGUAAGUUGCCAGCAAAUUUACGGUAAGCCAAAUGUCUUGCCAAUACUGCAACGCUUGAAUGUUUUUAGCAAGAACUGACAAAAGUUGAACGAAAAUGUUGAACUUAGGUUUGAUGGCUAUGGAUUGGGGAUUAAAUCUGUGAAUUAAAGUUUAAACCUCCUGUUCAGCAUGUGUGGGAGAAAUAUGAGGCCAAACAGGCUGUGAGGCCCUUUUUUUAGCAGAAUAAAACCACUUAUGCAAUUAGCAGCUUCCUGGAAGCGAGGAAAUAGGAAAUUUCACAAUUUUUCCCUGUUUAUUUGUGUUCUGCUGAUCUUUCCCCAGUUUCUACCCGUUUCUAAGAAUAAAUCACACAAAUUUGUAAAAGUAGAAAGGUUUACUUAUAUUCAAUGAAGGCAGCUACUACUUCUAGGUAAAAAAAUGCUUCUUAGUUAUGAUAUACAAAAUUAGUUUCUAAAAUGGAAUCUAGGAAAGUAUGUGCCCCCAUAAAACUCAGGGGGAGUUUCAACAAAUAGUAUGAAUUGAUCGCAGCAUGAGAAAACAGAAGCUUUGUGGUGUGUUCUCUAUUUUUACCAAAUCUACCAUUCUCUUUCUGCCUCUGUAGCUUCAACCUUUCCUGAGGAAUAUCUUGUUUAACAACAGUGCGGGGACACUGUGUUUUUUUAAUGAGAAACGUGAGCUAGAAGGUGGAUUUGAUAUUAUCAACUGGGUAACUUUCCCAAAUAAGUCCUUCUUAAGAGUGAAAGUUGGGAAGAUGGAUCCCCAAGCACCACUGGGCAGUGAUUUCUCCAUUGAUGAGAAGAGCAUUACAUGGCACCAGAGUUUUAACCAG